AUGAGUGGUGUGACUGAACUUGACAAUAUUGCCUUCCCUGUUCCUCAUCCCAUUCGUGUCUGGUAUUCUCUGGCCUCCCUUGAAGCCCAAGAAUUUGGGGAACAGAAAAAUAACAGUUCAGAUGGAGAAAAUGGAACAGAUGAAAAAAGAAAGGCAGGAAAAUCGCCUAAUGUGUUGCUGCAGACCCCUACCAGUGAAAUGGAAUAUUUUGAUGACCGGAAGAAAAUUGAUGUUGCUAGGACAAAGGGCAGCACAGAUAGUCCACUCCUGACAAGGGAUAUCAAGAGUGACUCCAAGAUUGAAAGGAAAAAGCGUGCCUCAAAUCAGCUGAAGGCAAAUGCACACUUUCAUAAGCUGUUUCUAGAUGUUCCCAUUGAUGAGCCACUGAAACAAAGUUUUACCUGUGCUCUGCAGAAAGAAAUUCUGUACCAAGGAAAGUUAUUCCUUUCCGAAAACUGGAUUUGUUUUCAUUCCAAGGUUUUUGGUAAAGACACUAAGAUUAGUAUACCUGUGCUCUCAGUGACACUUUUGAAGAAAACCAAAACUGCCCUUCUUGUGCCAAAUGCUCUGAUCAUAGCAACAGUCACAGAUAGGUACAUGUUUGUCUCCUUACUCUCCAGAGAUACCACCUACAAGCUAUUGAAAUCUAUCUGUAGGCACCUUGAGGAUAUAAGCGUGGGCAACAGUCCAAAUCCCUCUUCUGCAGAAAACAGCUUCAGGGCUGAUCAUCCUACAACUCUGCCCUUGGAUUUCAAUGAAGACUAUUCUGAUCUGGAUGGAAUAGUGCAGCAGCGAAGACAAGACAUGGAAGAGUCCAGCAGCACAGGCUCACAGACCCCAGAGCUGGAAUGCUUCCAAGAUUACCAUGUUGUUGAGACACAGACUCACUUGAAAGUUUCCAAGACUGAGGCAAAGUCUGUCCAUUCAGAUGCACACAGUAAACACGGACCUGACGGAAAAGCCCAAAACAGUCCUCGAAAUGGCCAUUCUGAAGCCUUCAGGUUCUUCCACAAAAUGAAGUCCCAGAAGCUCUUAUCUCUGAACCAUGUACUUAUAUUUUACGCAGUUCUUGUUUGUGUAUUAAUAUUUUCUACCUUCUACAUGAGAUAUAAAAUCAAUGUCCUGGAGGAACGUCUUAUUUCCAUGACAUCCUUUGAUUCACAUAUUAAGGAACAUCCAGCGCGCCAAGGUUUGGGAUCUCAUCUGCAAAUUAAUGCUGAUGCCCUUUGUGAUGAGUUAACUGCUAAUCUUAUAAAAUUGGAAAAGAUACAGAACAACUUACAAAAGCUACUUGAAGAUGGUGAAUGA